UCACAACGCACAUGUUAAUUUUGAUACAAUUUUUGAUUACGACCCAUUCUUGUGAUGAAAAAUCUGGAAGUAAUAUUACAAUAAAUUCAGUUACAUGAAAAGAGCUACAUAAUUGAAAAACAAGAAACUGCUUUUCAACCUUAUAUAGAAUUGUUCAUAGAUAUGUAUUUAUACACGUAGAGAAAUAAAACUUUUGACUAUACUUAUCUCUAGGAUUAUGAUUUAUGCGAAUAUUAUACAAACUGUUGUAAAAAUCAUAUUUCAUUUCUAUCCACAAAAACUUAUUGAGUCAUAUGUUAUUAUAAUUUCACGGUUUUUUUGUAAUCCAUCUCAAGAAUAAAAAGUAUCGAUCAAAGAACGCCAUGGUUACUUCACGACUAACAAACGGCUUCUUCAGCCUUGUCUCUCUGCAUCUGCUACAGUUGUAAAUUGAUAUUUAUCAAGUGAAUAACAAAACAAAGAGUCGUCAUAGUUAUAUAUCAGUAUAUAAUAUACUGAUUGCAAAGAGACGAUCUUACAAAUUACCCAAUGUAAGAAAAUUGAUAGCUGACACAACUGGCAAUUCUAAUUAGAGAAAAUUUACUGCGAAAACUAUUACCUCAGUCAGGGUUUGAACCGGGACUUUCCUACACACUACGCGGGCGUCUCAUCAAUUCGUCCACUGAGGCAUGUAACGACAAUAACUGUUUAUUCUUGUUACUUAUAAAUUAUGAUUCGAAAGCAAGCAAUUAUAUCUAUAAUAAUACGAGAAUGUAUUGGUUAAUAACAUUUAUAUAGGUUUCAGAUUUCAGACUGUGGCUCUUCCCCAAAUUUCUGAUAAUUAUGUUGAGAUCACAAAUUCAAAAGCAUGUUAAGAAAAAAAUAAGGAAAAGAUGGCUGCUGUUUAACGCCAAGGAUUUCCAAUCAUUGAUGUAUCCUUGCUUCAUUUUCGGUCACAUUUCCGGAAUAUUUCCAUACAAGAUCAAUACUUCGACUUUCGAGAUUUCAAAACCACACUGUAUACUGUCAACUAUGAUUAUCUGCGUUUACUGCGUCUUCUACUUGGUACUCAUUCAUAGUAUUAUUAUUUCUGGAACAAUUACCUAUGGAGAUGUACCCAGAGAUCUCGAGGCUGUUGGUUACUUUACAUUGACUGGUUUAGCAGUGAUUGCAACGCAUCUUUGGAGCGUUCCACGAAUGGGUUUGCUACAGACCAUUUUGGAAAUCUCUUCAAAGCUAUCCUUGAAAUCGUAUCAGAAAUUAUCCAGAUUUAUCCAUUUGAAAGAUAUUUUGUGUACCAUCCUGUUAAUUGUACAAAUGUCUAUGUAUUUUUCUAAAGAGCAAGCGUUGGAAGUAAAUUGUUUCACUAUCCUGAUUAUGGCAUACGACAUGUAUUUAGCGCUUGUAAUGCUUCAUAUGAAUAUGUUAUAUAUAAAUUGUGUUUGUAUAUUAACGGCCUGUUUCAAGGAAAUCAACAACAAUCUAAUGCAUAUGAAAGGUACACUUAUAAACAAUAUGGAACUAUCUAUUUCCAGCUUAAUGUGCCAUGUGCAGAGAGAUCAAUUUUUUCUGAUAAAACUUAAAACUGUGAUGCAGCAACAUCUAAUAAUUACCAGAACAGUGCAAAUGUUGAACACAAUCUUCGGUCUGCAACUUCUUGCUACUAUAUUUGGCUUCUUCUCUGAAUUCACUUUUGAAUUGUACUUCUAUGUAGUGCAUUGGCAACAAAAGUUACAUUUUAGUAUUGACUGGCAUUUUCUUGAUGUCUUUGUAAUACAAGUAGCGCAUUAUAGUGCAAAAAUAAUGCUACUUGUGUGGGCUUGCGAGACUGGCAAAACUGAAGCCCAAAAGAUUAGUACUACUAUUUACGACGUACUUAAUAGCACAUCAGAUAAGCAAAUCAAAGCAGAGUUACAUACGUUUUCUUUGCAAAUACUGCAUUGCAAAAAUACAUUUUCGGCGAAAGGUCUUACUGUAGACGCAACGCUUCUCACAGCAAUAUUGGGCAGUGUCACAACGCACAUGUUAAUUUUGAUACAAUUUUUGAUUACGACCCAUUCUUGUGAUGAAAAAUCUGGAAGUAAUAUUACAAUAAAUUCAGUUACAUGAAAAGAGCUACAUAAUUGAAAAACAAGAAACUGCUUUUCAACCUUAUAUAGAAUUGUUCAUAGAUAUGUAUUUAUACACGUAGAGAAAUAAAACUUUUGACUAUACUUAUCUCUAGGAUUAUGAUUUAUGCGAAUAUUAUACAAACUGUUGUAAAAAUCAUAUUUCAUUUCUAUCCACAAAAACUUAUUGAGUCAUAUGUUAUUAUAAUUUCACGGUUUUUUUGUAAUCCAUCUCAAGAAUAAAAAGUAUCGAUCAAAGAACGCCAUGGUUACUUCACGACUAACAAACGGCUUCUUCAGCCUUGUCUCUCUGCAUCUGCUACAGUUGUACAUUGAUAUUCACCAAGUGAAUAACGAAACGAAGAGUCGUCAUAGUUAAUAUACUGAUUGCAAAGAGCCGACUUUAUAAAUUACGUUUAGAAAAGAAGCCAUUAUAUCUAUAUUAAUACGAGAGUGUGUUGAGUAAUAACAUUUAUAUGUAGGCUUCAGAUUUCAGACUGUUGCUCUGUUAUAAAUUUCUGAUUAUUAUGUUCAGAUCAAUACUUCAAUAGCACGUUAAGAGGAAAAUGCGGAAAAAAUGGUUGCUGUUCCACGCCACGGAUUUUCAAUCAUUGAUGUACCCUUGCUUCAUUUUUGGUCACAUUCUCGGAACAUUUCCGUACAAGAUCAAUACUACGACUUUCGAGAUUUCAAAGUCGCAUUGUAUUCAGUCAACUGUGAUUAUCUGCGUUUACUGUGUCUUCUACUUGGUACUCAUUCAUAGUAUUAUUAUUUCUGGAACAAUUACUUAUGGAGAUGUACCCAGAGAUCUCGAGGCUGUUGGUUACUUUACGUUGAAUGGUUUAGCAGCGAUUACAACGCAUCUUUGGAGCGUUCCACGAAUGUGUUUGCUACAGACCAUUUUGGAAAUCUCUUCAAAGCUGCCCUCGAAAUCAUAUCAGAAAUUAUCCAGAUUUAUCCAUUUCAAAGAUAUCUUGUGUAUUACCCUGUUAAUUAUGCAAGCAUCUAUGAAUUUUUCUAAAGUGCAAACGUUGGAAGUAAAUUGUUUCACUAUCCUGACUAUGGCAUACGACAUGUAUUUAGCGCUUGUAAUGCUUCAGAUGAAUAUGUUAUAUACAAAUUGUGUUUGUAUAUUAACGGCCUGUUUAAAGGAAAUCAACAACAAACUAAUGCAUAUGAAAAGUACACUUAUAAACAAUGUGGAGCUAUCUAUUUCCAGCUUAAUGUGCCAUAUGCAGAGAGAUCAAAUUUUUCUGACAGAACUUAAAAAUUUGAUGAAACGACAUCUGGUGAUUAGCAGAACAGUGAAAGUGUUGAACACAAUCUUCAGUCUGCAACUUCUUGCUACUAUAUUUGGCUUCUUCUCUGAAUUCACUUUUGAAUUGUACUUCUAUGUAGUGCAUUGGCAACAAGAGUUACAUUUUAGUAUUGACUGGCAUUUUCUUGAUGUCUUUGUAAUACAUGUAGCGCAUUAUAGUGCAAAAAUAACGCUACUUGUGUGGGCUUGCGAGACUGGCAAAACUGAAGCCCAAAAGAUUGCUACUACUAUUUACGACAUACUUAAUAAGACGACAGAUAAGCAAAUCAAAGCAGAGGUAAACAUUUUGAAAAUGUAGUAUCUGUUAACGCUAUUUUUUUAAAUUCAAACACUAUUGAAAUUGCAUGUGCCAAAAUGUUAUGUAUUCACCGCUGCAUUUAUUGUUGUUUGGAUCUGACGUUCCAGUUACAUACGUUUUCUUUGCAAAUACUGCAUUGCAAAAAUACAUUUUCGACGAAAGGUCUUACUGUAGACGCAACGCUUCUCACAGCAGUGAGUAAUCAAUUAUCUGCUCUAAUUAAUAAAACAUAUAUUAUUCAUAUUUUGAUAUAAAUUAUUUUCAGUUCGUGGGUAGUAUCACAACAUACAUGUUAAUAUUGAUACAAUUUUUGAUCAUGUCACAUUCUUGUGAUGAAAAAUUUAAAAGCAAUGUUACAUAAAUAAUUCAGUCAUGUAACAAAUAUAGAUCAAUUAAAUAUAUUAAUUAAUGAAGGGAAGAGAGAUGACUUUUUCUAUACUUAUAUAGAAUCAUUUGUAUGCGUAUAUGUAUAGCGUGUGUGAGAGCAAUAUACUCUGUGUUAUUAUUAAACAGUACUGUACAUUUGCAGGAAUCUUUACUGCAAAUAAGUAUUGACAAUCGAUAUACUG